CAAUGAGUAUUUCUCAGGAGGUGCCAAACGAUUUGGUUGUGGAUGAAGUAUCUUAUGAAGUGAAGAAUGUUUGUGAUUUGAUGAAUGCUGUGUUUUUCGAAGCGGUUGUUUGUGAAAUUCGGAGAUUAUUGAAGGAGAAAUGUCCGAUUAUCCGAGUCAGAGGAGACACGACUGUAUUAUGUUGUCAGACGAGGAGAGAUGGUUACUGCAUGGUUUGGGAGCAGUGGAGCGUGUGA